AUGGCUGAUGAGCUGAGCGACCUGCUGCAGGAGUUUGACCAGGUGAUAGAGGACUUGGAGCGAGGCCCUGCCUGCCAGUACCAGCAGCACCUGGAGGAGCUGAAGAGGAGAGCAGGACCCAGCGUGUAUGACAGUGGCAUCGAGGAGCUGGAGAGUACCAGCACGUCCCCAGGAAGCAGCCUCAACUGCAGUGAGGAGAACCUCAACACCCCCACCAACGUUUACCCCCCCAAAGCAAAGCUUGGGGACACGCAGGAGCUGGAAGAGUUCAUUGCAGACCUGGAUAAAGCGCUGGAGGGUACGUAG